UCUCUCUCAAAUCUAGAAAGAGAAACUCACAGUCUCUCUCAGAUCACACUGUUCUCUCUUUGUUUUUCGAUUCCUCUCUUCCUCUCUCUUUCGAUCAAUUCUCUCUCUCUCUCUCUCUCUCUCUCUCUCAGGUACGUUCCUCCAAACCCAGACCCACUUUCCCGCAUUCUGUUUCCUGCUUCCACUUUCCCGGAAAAUAUCAUGAGAAAAUUCUCAUUAUUAUUAUUAUUAUCACCACUGUCAGCUUUUUUCUCUGUAAAAUAAAAAAGCAAGCACUAAGACAGUCCCAGUUCGAUCUUUACACUCACAAUAAAAAAGCUUAGAUUUUUAUUUUUUUUUAAUACAAUGCACAAUGGUAUCUCUACGUUUCGAGGCUCUCUGAGACUUCAUUAUUGAAAUGAACUUUCUUUACAUACCCUUUGGAAUCUCCUUACAGCUGUCUAUAUACAAAUGAGCUGUGUAUAAUCAAAGAUAUGUAUAUAUAUUAGGGUUUUGGAAGCCCUAUCUUUGGUCAAAAAGUGGGUUUCAUUUGACAGAUUUCAAUGUAUAAUAUAUAUAUAUAUAUAUAUAGAUAUAUUUCUGGGGUUUCGAGAGGGAAUUUGAAGUUUAAAUUCUCUGGAAAUGGCGGUUUGAUGUGAUUUUGAGGGUUUCACUGAGUUCUAGAAAUAGUGGAAAGUGUAAUAUGUGCUGAUUUUGAGGGUUGAAAUCUUUUGUUGGGGAGCUCUGAGAUUGAGGUGGAUGAAUGGUGGUGAGUUUUGGGUGGUUUUGUAUGUGCUUCUGGGUUGGUGGUUGUUUAAUUUGGUAAUUUGAGGUCCAAAAAGCUCAAAAUCUAUAUUGGUAGCUCUGAGAAGAAGAUGUGUUUUGAAUGAUUGUUAGGGUUUCGUUAUGUUUAUUGAACAUUUGAAUGAACUAAACCUGAAGUCUGGUGGAUGUGGAAGAUUUGGGGAACUUUGACAGAGAUUUGUGUAGAACUGAAGAGGUUUCUUUAGAUGUCAGGAGCUCCGAGAGUAAGAUCAUCAAACUUGGCUGAUUCGGAGGCCAGACCGGUCUUUGGACCUGCGGGUAACAAGGUACAGAGGUUGGGGAGUGCACGUAAACCCAUGAUGAAGACACUGAGAACUGAAGAGAAUUCGCUAGAAGAGGUUGCGGCAUUGGCAGAAGAGAGUAAUGGUCUUCCAUCAUCUCCUGUUGCUUUGCCAUUGACACCUUUGUCGCAUUCUGUUAGUAUUCCGUCGGCACUUAGUAGGCAAGAGCAUUUACUGCAUUCUAAUUUAUCACUCAAUGCUUCAUGUUCGUCUGAUGCAUCUUCGGAUUCGUUUCAUAGUCGUGCAUCAACUGGUAGGAUAUAUAGGAGAAAUAGUAUGCCUGUCCGUAGGAAGCAAUUGGCCAUGAAGUCAAAAAUUAGUGUAUCUGAUGCCAUUUCAGAGGCUCUACCUGGCAGCUUACAACCCAAGAAAAGGUGUGCCUGGGUGACACCAAAUACUGACCCUCGUUAUGCUGCUUUUCACGAUGAAGAAUGGGGACUCCCUGUACAUGAUGAUAAGAAAUUGUUUGAGCUUCUCAUCUUUUCGGGGGCUUUGGCUGAACUUACAUGGCCAACGAUUCUCAACAAAAGGCACAUAUUCAGAGAAGUCUUUGCAGAUUUUGAUCCUAUCACUGUGGCAAAAUUUAGUGAGAAGAAAAUAGCAGCACCUGGAAGCACAGCAAGCUCACUAUUAUCAGAGCUCAAAUUACGUGCCAUUGUUGAGAAUGCACGUCAAAUAUCCAAGGUCAUAGAUGAAUUCGGGUCAUUCGACAAAUAUAUCUGGAGCUUUGUGAACUACAAGCCUAUAAUUAGCAGAUUCCGUUACCCUCGCCAGAUUCCCGUGAAGACUCCGAAAGCAGAUGUGAUCAGCAAAGACUUGGUGAGAAGGGGUUUUCGGAGUGUGGGGCCCACGGUCAUCUACUCGUUCAUGCAAGUAGCAGGUAUAACAAAUGACCAUCUAAUUAGCUGCUUCAGAUUCCAUGAGUGCAUAACAGAAGCAGAUGAUGUCUCGGAUGGGGUUGACGAGAAGAAAACCGCUCAAGUGAUGGAAUCAGAAAUAUGCCGAGCUAUCAACGAAUUGACUUUCGCUUCAGAAUGAUGGAUUCAUUCGGCAUUCAGUCAUCGGUUUUCCCAUAUUGACUGGUACUCAGAUUUCGAUUCCUCUUAAUUCUGCUGUAGUUAUGAUGGUUGGUUGUGUAUAAAUACUUGAUAAAUUUUCUAUGCAUCAUAGAUUCCUAGAUUGUAGACAAGUAAUAGUGAACAUUUUAACUAACUUGUGGUGACCCUUUUGCCGAGGGGACCGUUGGAAAGAGAGCCUUCAGCAUAAAUGUACAACUCUUUGUACAGUUGAAAGAGGUUAGUGAUUAGGGUUUAUUUCAAAAAAAAAAUUGUCUGAAACCAGGGAACAGAAAACAAGAACCAUCUUUUACUGUUGUAUCUGUAUUAGGACAUGGACUUGGGACCUUUGACAGUUCUUAGUAGAGAUUGGCCAAAACCCUAAAUGCCUCUUUACCUUGCUGGACACAGCUAGAACUUUAAAUUGACAGGUCAGACCUAGCUUUUAAUGGGUGAAAAUGGGUAGAUUAGGGACACUAUGUUUCUGUGUCUCCUUGUAGUGAGAGGAGAUUUAUACUA